AUGAAGAUCAAUAACGUCGUUUUAUUUCAGGUACCGUUGGACCAUUUCCACUCAGCAAUAGAAUUAGAUACAGGUCUUUCCGAAGACGAUGUUACGAGUCGACAAGAAAUCCAUGGGAAAAAUUUUAUAGAUGUUAAACUAAAGCCCAUUCUUGUUUUGCUUUUUAAGGAAGCUAUCUCACCUUUUUAUAUUUUUCAGGUCUUCAGUGUUAUAAUUUGGUUCAACGACCAUUACGAGUAUUACGCUUCGAUUAUUAUUAUUAUGUCUGUGACGUCCAUUGUAAUAGACGUUUAUCAGACGAGGAGUCAAGAAAAAAAGCUACGGUCAAUGGUUCACUCGUCUGAUGAAGUGAAAGUGUUACGAGAGAAAAUCGUUAGAAAAAUUAGCACUGACGAGUUGGUACCGGGUGACAUAUUUUUUGUGCCGGCUAAUGGUGUGGUCCACUGCGAUGCGAUAUUGAUGACUGGAACAGCGAUCGUGAACGAGAGUAUGUUGACAGGAGAGUCUGUUCCCAUCACAAAGGUGGAUUGA